CAGCUCAGAGAGCUCAGGCUAGCAAAGACAACGUACAGAGCUACAGUACUGUGAGGGCAAGAAACCAAAGAAUACGGUGAAGAGAUCUUGAUUAACCAAGGAGAUACAACUUCAGAACUCUGGUUUUGUUUCCUCCCCUCUCAGUGUGGUGCUCUCCCUUGACUGUAAUGAAGCCCCGAAGGUUCCGCACUUCUGUGGAUCUCCUUCCCACCAUCACAGAGCUCCAGGAGAAUGAGUACCACACCCAGAGCCUGGACGACUACAUGGACUCCAUCAGAGAACUUUCUCAGCCCGCUUAUCCACUCAGUGGGCCCCUGCAGGGCUCUCGGCUGCCCGUACCACGCAUGGCCAGGUUCCCCACCAUGCCCUCCGUAUCCCACAGGACAUCAGUUUAUAAGCCCUUGGUGCCCAUUGGUCCUGAUAAUGUGUCACUCACUCUGGUCGUCAGGUUGGACUUGAGGGCGGUGGUGUGUCCGAAUCAGGACCCUCUGGACUGGUUGUUUACCCAAGCCCAGACUGGAGGGCACUCCACAGUGGUGGGAGGGUCAGAAGAGAUUUGUAUUUUCUGAGAGGAACCCUUAUGAAAUAAAAUACAUUGUACUAUAUAUUACUAUAUAAAAUGUAUUAUAUUGAAACUCUCUCUCUCAC